ACUCUAGCCAACUGAAAAUGGCAUGGCAACGUGCUGGAAAUAUACCCCUAAGCGCGCUCAACCCACAAUAUUUACAAGCAAAUUCCACCAGCCACACCUGGCCUUUUGGGGCAUUUGCUGAGCUAAUCGGACAUUCCAAGUUAUUGUACAAGCUGUCAGGGAAGUGAAGUUUAAGACAAUGCCUACGACCCGGACGUCAAUGCCAAACAGCAAUGGAUUGACUGGACUCGGAUACGGACAAUGGACUGCCUGAUCUUCAGUGACAACGGGGCUGGUCUGGACUAUAACAACAUGCUCAAGAUGAUGAGUUUUGGCUACAGUAACAAGAAGACAAUUAGAGGCCAUGCCCCUGUGGGUCAAUAUGGAAACGGGUUCAAGUCAGGCUCCAUGCGUCUGGGGAAGGAUGCCAUCGUCUUCUCCAAAACCCGGGACACCAUGAGCGUGGGGCUCCUGUCUCAGACGUACCUGAAAGCCAUUCAGGCUCAGCAUAUUGUGGUGCCCAUCAUCUGCUGCAAACAAAAUGGAGAAGAGAAGUUCAGUGAUGUGCCAGAUCAUAGUGAUAGCCUGGAAGCUAUUCUGAAACACUCGCUGUUUGGAACAGAGGACGAGCUACUGCAGGAGUUGCAGGCCAUCAAUACCACCAAUUCCUCCACAGGAACCAGGAUCAUCAUAUGGAACCUGCGCAGGUUCACAGGGGAGACGGAGUUUGAUUUCGAAAAGGACCGGUACGACAUACAGAUCCGACGUGUGGAUUCGGGUGAUGAUAACAACCAUCAGGACCCCAGCAAGGUCUCCGAACCAGAGAGCCAAUACUCCCUGCGUGCAUACUGCAGCAUUCUGUACCUGAAGCCCCGAAUGCAGAUCAUCAUCAGGGGGCAGAAAGUGCGGACUCAGCUGGUCUCCAAAAGUCUGGCUCUCACCCGCAAGGACCGAUAUACGCCACAAUUUCUGAAGAAGAAUAUCAACAUUACCUUUGGGUACAACACCAGAAACAAGGAGAAUUGUGGUGUAAUGAUGUACUACAAAAAUCGACUGAUACGAGCGUAUGAGCGUGUUGGCUGCCAGCGCAAGGCCACACCGAAGGCUUUGGGAGUUAUCGGCAUUAUAGAGUGCAACUUCCUCACACCAACACACAACAAGCAGGACUUUGAUGCCACAGAGGAGUACAGGAAAGUAAAACAGAAGCUGGGAGAGAAGCUGGAGGAAUACUGGUGUGAAAUACGCUACAUAAAAUCGAAAAAGGAUCCAAGCUGCGACUUGGCAAUAGAGGACACCGAGAAGUCUCCAGAUCAGAACUGGGUCCAGUGUGUCAAGUGCCAUAAAUGGAGGAAGUUGUCAGAUGAAAUAGAUAUCAGCAAGCUGGAUAAUGACUGGUUCUGCUACUUGAAUUCAGACCCCCAGUACAGAACCUGCGAAGCAGAAGAACAACUGGAGGACUCUGAGGAUGAGCAGCCUUAUCAGAAGACCUAUAAACAGGAUAAGAAACAGCAGCAGGAGAAGAACAGGUGGCAGACAAUGACACAACAGAAUGCUGAAGAAGCUAUACCAGCACAGAGCACUUCGACUACACCCUCAACACGCAGUAGCAGAAGCCAGUGUUCCAGUGGCACAAGAGCAGAGGGUGAUUUCACUGACAGAACCUCUCCCACCCUCACUCCUGUCAGUCGUUCUGGCCGGAGGCUCUCUGCCCAGCAGACACCUCUCAGCACGCGCUCCAAACGCACAACUAUGAGGGGCAAGAGGGUGCUGUUAACCCCAGAGACUGAGCAGGUAAAAAGGGCAAAGAUGAGCCAGAGCACAUCAUCGGCAGCUGAUAUGGAGGCGGUGCCACAGGACACCCCAGACGUCCCCCUAUUAGUGGAGGAAAUGGGAGAGCCAGUGUCACCCUGUGAUCUCGAUAGGGCUAGCAAUGAGCACACUAACCUACAAGUCAGUGAUGGAGUCCCCGCACAAGAGUACAUGCAUUCCCACGACCUGACAGUAUCCAUCACCGCUCUAUCACCUGUGCCGCAGCAAGUGACUGCUGCAUCCCAAACUGAGGGUGUGGCAGAGAUAAAGCAGGAGCUAGAGGAGGAGAGGACAAGGAGCUGGCGAGAGGAUGAGACUUCAGAGCAGACGCAGCUCCAGAAAAGAGAGACCAGGGAGCUCACAGAUUCAGGUGAAGGAGUGCGCCCCUCCCAAGAGAUGCAGCAGGACUGGCUGGUCAAGCAGUGGGAGAUAGUCUGUAAGGAGAGAGACCUGUACUUGGAGCAGUGGGAGACAGCCAGUAAAGAGAGAGACUGUUACAAGGACCAGGUGGAGAUAGCCAAUCAGGACCGAGACCAGUACAAGGAGCAGAUGGAGACAGCCAAUCAGGAGAGAGACCGUUACAGGGACCGGGAGGAGACAGCCAAUCAGGAGACAGACCGUUACAGGGACCAGGUGAAGAAAGCCAAUCAGGAAAGAGACCAAUACAAGGUGCAGAUGGAGACAGCCAAAGACCAGUGCAAGGAGCAGAUGGAGACAGCCAAUCAGGAGAGAGACCAGUACAAAAGGCAGAUGGAGACAGUCAAAGACCAGUAUAAGGAGCAGAUGGAAACAGCCAAUCAGGAGAGAGACCAGUACAAGAGGCAAAUGGAGACAGCCAAAGACCAGUACAAGGAGCAGAUAGAGACAGCCAAUCAGGAGAGAGACCAGUACAAAAGGCAGAUGGAGACAGUCAAAGACCAGUACAAGGAGCAGAUGGAGACAGCCAAUCAGGAGAGAGACCAGUACAAAAGGCAGAUGGAAACAGUCAAAGACCAGUAUAAGGAGCAGAUGGAGACAGCCAAUCAGGAGAGAGACCAGUACAAGUUGCAGGUGGACAAACUGAACCAGAAACUGCAGCAGAUGAGGGCUAGUAGCGUGAAGCAGGAGCCAUGUGACCAGGUCCCAGGGGGAGAAGAUCAUCUGGCUGUACAGUUGGAGUUCAUCCACAAGGAUCUGGACCAGAGCAAUGCGGAGAGAGACCGACUGAGGAGCCAGGUGGACAAGCUGAACCAGGAGCUGCAGCAGAUGAGGGCUAGCAGUGAGCCGUGUGACCAGGUCCCAGGGGGAGAAGAUCACCUGGCUGUACAGUUGGAGUUCAUCCACAGGGAUCUGGACCUGAGCAAUGCGGAGAGAGACCAACUGAGGAGCCAGCUGCAGAACCUGCGUCUGAGUGUCAGCCGUCUCCUGGUGAUCCUCAUACCUGAGCUGGACCUGGAGCAGGUAAACUAUGAGAGCUGCAUCAUUGAAGAGAUCCUGGAACAGUACCUAGAUGGUAUCAGUUCUUCCCAUCCCACAUUUCUUUGAGAAGAAACCAGUCCCUGUCACUCCAACACCUUACCACCCUGAUUCCCAGACUGGCCAGAAGUGACCAAAUGCAUCGCACCUUUAAGAUUUCUUGUUAAACAUAGUGCCUUUGUUUACAGCAUUAAUCCUUUCAGUCCCACGCCCAAUAUCAAGUGGCAACACCCCAAACCCCAAAGGGUUGGUUGAGAAAAUUUAGUAGGGUCUUAAAAGGGGCUCAAAGCAAUAUAAUGGCUGUAAUUUUGAUUGUUUUAAAAGGUUUAGCUUGGGACUGAAAGGGUUACAUAUGUAACAUAAUUUUCAUACAUCCUGUAUCCUUUGUGUAUUUCUCUGACUUUUGUAAUUGUGGUCCAAGAGCAUGCAAUUCCCAACUUUUCAGUUUAAUGUAACAAUUAUUUCAUAAUUUACAUUUCAUUGGUUUUCUUUUGAUAAAUUGCAUUUGAAAAACUUAACUGAAAACAUUCCUCCAUUAUGCCUCCGUUUCUUUUAUUUUUUUCAAUUUGGCAUGUCGUACAUUCUAAUUUCUUCCUUAUUUGGUCCUGUCCAAUUAUCUGUAACUGCAGCCACAUUCAUGCAUAAUCCCUACUGCUGAUUUAGGGAAGUGUAGACAUAUGUGUGUUCUCUGAAAUACCAGCUGAUUGUUUUCACAUCAGAGACCACACCUAAGCUUGCAUAGAGUGGAGUUUGAGGAAGACCUUUCCUAUGCAGCUUUGACAUGCAGUCCGUGGGCACCUGCCCGACCAAUGGGGGUUGUUAGAGAGCGGUGAAAUAGAGACCCCUAACUGACAGAAGCUGGGCGACUCAAUUGCCAAUUAUGCGUCGCCCUGUGGAGCUGCCAACUGCAUUCAGCACUGGCAUGGUCCAGAUUUGAUCCAAGAAUGUGGGGCUCACCAUUAAGGCUUGCUGCCUUAAUUGAAUGAGCCACCCAGUGAUGUUAUUGAGUGAAUGAGAAGUGAUGUUAAUGUUUUAACUGUCUUUUUUAAUUUUGAGUAUUAAAUGCUAGAGUAGUUUUAAUCCAGAAUCAUAGAUUAUAGAAUUCCUGUCAGCCCUGUAUACUACUUUGUAUGCUAACAUUCUGUCCAUGUCACAUAUCAUAUCUUUCUAUGUAAUCAUUAACACAGUUGUCAAUGCCAGAUCCUUCCCACACCCCUGCAAGUGUUGUUAAGUCUUAUGGCCAAAAUAAAUGAAUGUUUUAUGGAGAA